UUGCGAACAAUCGCCGCACACUGCGAACAGUUGCGCACAGUUGCGAACAAUUGCGAACAGGUGCGAACAGGUGCCGCACACUGCGCACAGUUGCAAACAGCUGCACAUGACUGCCGUAAGUGCCGUUGCAAAAAAAACUUGCAUUUAAACAGUUUUUUGUAAUAAUGAAGCGAUUUUUUCCAUCUGUUGAAACACAACCGUCUGCAAAAGGUAAACAAAAACAAUCUGAAUUUCCUGGUGAAUCUUCAUCAAGUGAAAAGCCAGAUUCAUCAAAGCCAUCUGAAGUAAAACGGCGUAAAAAUAGAAGUGCUCCUGACCCAAAAUGGAUGGAUAAUGGGAAUGAUGCUUGGUUAGAAUAUAGGGAGGUAAACGGAACAUUAAUAAUGUUUUGUAGAUGGUGUGAAUCAAAAAAAUAUACUAAUGAACUUGCAAAAGGAACCAGCAAUUAUCGAAAACAAAGUAUUGAUCGGCAUCUUAACCAUCAUGAACAUAAAAGUGAAGCUGAAGCUAGAAGAAAUCAAAACAUUAUAAGAGUUGACUUUUCACGUAAUUUAGAUACUCAUAAAAUUAGAGUUAUAACACAAAUGCAAUGCAUAUAUUUCAUGGCAAAAAAAUAUUUAGCAUUAUCUGUCUAUCCUGAUCUAUAUGAAUUAAUAGAUUUUCAUAGAAAAAAUUCCGAAGUUAUGAAACUUUGUGAUACUCCCGAAACAUUACAAUCACCAUCACUUCUCACAAAAGAUUUACCAUUAGAAUCAAUGAAUAUGGAUCCCAUUUAUCAAACACAUCUGCAAAAGAAAUGGAAGAAGCUAUUGUAUAUGUAAUUGAAAAGGCGUUAUGUGAAGAAAUAAGAAGUUCAAAUCAUUGGAGUAUUAUGAUAGACGAAACAAACUCUAUUACAGAUGAAAAACAUUUGGCUGUUGUGUCCCGGCAUAUUUCACAUAAUGUACCCGUUACACGAUAUUUGGGAAUGAUUAAUUUAGAUGAACUUACUGCUGAGGCAAUUGCGUUUGAUUUAAAGAGUUUUAUUAUCGCUAAAGGAUUAAAAGUGGAAAAUUUAUUACAUUUUGGCAGUGAUGGGGCUGCCACUUUAAUUGGCACGAAAACAGGUGUUGUUAAACGAUUUGAAGAUUAAUCCUUUU